UCUCGCAGCUUUUCAUCUCUAUGGGAAAAUCUAAAAGCCUCCCAACUAUUUUCACCAUAAUUAUUAUCACGCUCCUCUUCUCAUUCGCCACCGCAAAAUCCCCUCGUUUCCACCGAUCCAUAUCUCCAACAUCUCUGGGCCUCCAAAAGGAGAAGCUUAGCCACCUUCACUUCUACUUCCACGACAUUGUUAGCGGCCCAAAGCCCACCACCGUUAGAGUGGCCGAGGCCCAUAUGACAAACACUUCCUCCACGCUUUUCGGUCUCCUGGUCAUGGCCGAUGACCCAUUGACCUUGGGCCCCGAGCCAGGAUCCAAGCUCGUGGGAAGGGCCCAAGGAAUAUACGGAUCUGCUGCCCAAGACGAAACGGGCCUGUUGGUGAUCAUGAAUUUGGCGUUCACGGAGGGAAAGUAUAAUGGCAGCACACUGAGCAUGUUAGGGCGGAACACGGUGUUCUCCGCCGUGAGAGAAAUGCCAAUAGUUGGAGGAAGCGGGGCUUUCCGGUUCGCACGUGGGUAUGCUGAGGCCAAGACUCACACGUUUGAUCUCAAGACAGGGGAUGCUGUUGUCGAGUACAACGUCUACGUGUUCCAUUAUUAGCCAGUGCGUGAUCGAUAUAGCAUCCUUCUAAAAACCAAUAUAUGAUUCUUGUCUUUGCUUUCU